AUGGUUACUGGUUGGCUUGAGUUAUUUACGCCAAUUCAGACCAUUCAAGAAGCACUUAAAAAUUAUUGUAUCUCAUCUGGCGCUCAACUUUUAACUGAUGAUGAAUAUGAUAUUAGCAAGAAUUUAACUUUGCUGCAACGUUAUCCAAACACAGUUGUAAUUGAUUGUACAGGCUAUCAUUCUGUGUUACGCGAUCAGAUUCAACCAAAUAAUCGUAUUAGCCGACUUAUUGAAUAUGUAAUCGUAUGUACAUUUAUUCUUGAUGAUAGAUAUGAAUGUAAUGAAUUAUGUAAAUAUUAUAAAAACAUAAAUACCAAAAGAUUUCAAUGUAUUCCAUCGAUUGAUGAUACUUAUAGGACGAGAGACAGAGAAACACAUGUCACAUGUUUAAUUACAAUCGAUGAACCGAUGUUUCAAGAACUGUCAAAAAUACGACCUAUUACGUACGAUUAUUUGAGAGAACAGCAACAUGAGAUUUAUAAUGAUUUGAAUAUUUUUUUAAACAAUCUUUCUUCGGGAAUUAUGGACCAUAGUCACUUCGAUACGAUGGAAUUUGUUGCACUUCCUUUACAAGUGUAUCGUGGUAGAAAGUUGACACAUACUGUGAGUAGUGACAAUCUCAAUCAACAUUGGAUAUUGAUGGGUGGACCUUAUUUUCAAUCGAUCAGUAUGGGUUAUGAAGCUGCUAUUUAUUUUGCUUAUCUAUUUAGACGAAUGAAACAAAAUAUUCCAGAGAUGAUGACCAAAUAUGAAGCUUACAUGGAUAAACUAUGGUUAGCUAUGCAAAUACGUUCGAAAGAGAUUCAACGAAAUAAGCAAAUUUUACAAGCAAUGUGUCUCAAUAAUCGAGAUGAUAUUUUAACUAAGAUUAAAAUCUAUUAA